AAUAUCUUGGUCUAAAGAGAACUUUUUCUUUCCAUUAAAAUUCAUUAAUUUGAUCAAAUAUUUAUUGAUUGUGGGGAUACUUUUAAAUAAUAACAGUGAGGUAUUGAAUGACAUGCUUUGGAUUUUGUUUUGAUCAGACCAAUUCUGCAAGUAGUUAAACAAUGACCAGACAGUCUCUUUGCUUGUAUUUCAGAUUUUUUGUAAAAGCAUCAGAAAAAUUGAUAGCCAGAUUGAUGUGGUAUCUGUGGAAAAUGAAUUAAAGCAACAUGACCAAGGCUCAUUUCUCAUUCUGCAAUUAUCAUUCUCAUUCUGCUAAAUUGGCUCUAGUUAUCCUGUGAUUUUCAGCUUGUCCUUGACAAACCAGAAAGAUGGGAAAAUAAAUUGGCCUUUAACAAAUGCAAUACUAUGCUGUCAUCGAAGAGGAUAAUAGCCCUCCUCAUGCUAACAUCAUAAGGGCUGCAAAAAGACCAAAUCCCUGUUCCCUUUGAAUGCUUCAAGCAGUUUAAAGAAGUGGCUUCCUCAUGACAACAUGUCAGCGAAAGAUCUCAGCCCUCGACAUAGUUCAAAAUCCCGUGUUGUGCAGCGGGCCGCCACUGUUGAUGUUGCCUCUGAUUUGUCAGGUUUAUCUUUGACAGGAAACAUCCAAGAUCCAGAUGAGCCAAUCUUAGAAUUUAGUUUAGCUUGCAGUGAACUGUUAACUCCAUCACUAGAUAGGAAGCCAAAUUGUUUUGUAGCAGUGAGUGUAACUACACCACCUCAGGCAUUCUGGACAAAGCAUGCUCAAACAGAAAUUAUUGAGGGCACAAACAACCCCAUCUUUCUAAGCAGCAUUGCCUUUUUUCAAGAUUCUCUUAUUAAUCAGAUGACACAAAUUAAACUUUCUACAUAUGAUGUAAAAGAUAGAUCUCAGGGAACUAUGUAUUUAUUGGGUUCUGUGAUAUUCACUGUACAGGAUCUACUUAAGGAGAAAUGUCACAGGCUGCACUUAACACUGAGAUCUGCUGAAAACGACCGUGUUGGGAACAUUACAGCCAUAGGAUGGCAGAUGGAAGAAAACACAGAUGAAAGGCCUCCUGUGACCAGGUCUCCUGACACUAUUAAUGGAAGGACUGUGCUACCAGUUGAUGAAAGUUUGACAGAGUCCUUAGGAAUCCGAUCCAAAUAUGCUUCCUUACGAAAAGAUGCACUAUUAAAAUCUGUGUUUGGAGGUGCCAUUUGUCGGAUGUAUCGUUUUCCUACCACUGAUGGCAACCAUCUGAGGAUUUUGGAGCAAAUGGGAGAGAGUGUGCUCUCUUUACAGAUUCCCAGGCAAUUUGUGAAAUUGCUGCUAGAGGAAGAUGCUGCAAGGAUUUGUGAACUUGAAGAACUGGGAGAGUUGUCCCCUUGCUGGGAAAGUCUUCGUCGGCAAAUAGUCACUCAGUACCAAACAAUUAUUCUGACCUAUCAGGACAACCUGACAAAUCUUCAUCUGUAUAAAGGACCAUCAUUCAAAGCAAGUAGUCUGAAGGGUGAUAAAAAGCUUGAAUUCAUGCCUACAAAUUUACACAUACAGCGAAUGAGAGUUCAGGAUGAUGCAGGAUCAGAUGAGAAUUAUGACAUUGUAACUAUAGGAGCACCAGCAGCUCACUGCCAGGGCUUUAAAUCUGGAGGUCUGCGGAAAAAGCUGCAUAAAUUUGAAGAUGCAAAAAGACAUUUUGAGGAAAGUUGCACUGCAACCAAUUCCCAGUCUAUAGUAUACAUACCACAGGAUAUUAUUCGAGCAAAGGAGAUUAUUGCACAGAUCAAUACCCUGAAAACUCAAGUUAGUUACUAUGCAGAAAGGCUUUCCAGAGCUGCCAAGGAUAAAUCAGCAAAUGGACUUGAAAGAACACUUGCCAUUUUGGCAGAUAAGACCCGGCAGCUUGUCACUGUCUGUGACUGCAAACUGUUGGCAAAUUCAAUUCAUGCCCUGAAUGCUGCAAGACCAGAUUAUAUAGCUUCAAAGGCAUCUCCAACAUCUACAGAAGGAGAACAAGUGGUGCUAAGAAAUGACCAAGAUACUUUGGUGGCCAGGUGGGCAGGAAGAAAUAGCCGUUCUUCUCUGCAGGUGGACUGGCAUGAAGAAGAGUGGGAAAAAGUCUGGGUGAAUGUUGAUAAAAGUCUUGAAUGCAUUAUCCAGAGGGUAGACAAGCUUCUCCAGAAAGAGCGAUUACAAAGCGAUAGCUGUGAAGAUGUUUUCCUGUGUGAAGUCAGCUGCUCUAGCAAGAAAGAUUGCAGUCCUACUCCUGAAGAAUUCAAUCCAGGUGAAUGGAGUGAGGCUCUUUAUCCUCUGCUAACAACACUCACAGACUGUGUGGCCAUGAUGAGUGACAAAGCAAAGAAAGCAAUGGUCUUUCUUUUAAUGCAGGACAGUGCUCCCACCAUAGCUCUUUGCUUAAGCCUUCAGUACCGGAGGGAUGUGGUCUUUUGCCAAACUCUUACAGCCUUGAUCUGUGGUUUCAUUAUCAAGCUGAGGAAUUGCCUGCACGAUAAUGGAUUCCUGAGGCAGCUGUAUACCAUUGGUCUGCUGGCUCAAUUUGAAAGCCUUUUAAGUACUUACGGAGAAGAACUGGCUAUGCUAGAAGAUAUGAGUGUGGGAAUAAUGGACUUGAGAAAUGUAACAUUUAAAGUAACUCAGGCCACUUCCAGUGCAUUUGCUGAUAUGCUGCCAGUCAUUACAGGAAAUCGGGAUGGAUUUAAUGUGAGAAUUCCACUACCAAGCACCUUGUUCGAUGCCUUGCCCCGUGAAAUCCAGAGUGGCAUGUUGCUGAGAGUUCAACCAGUCCUCUUCAACGUGGGAAUCAAUGAACAGCAAACUUUAGCAGAGAAGUUUGGCGAUACCUCCUUGCAGGAAAUUAUUAACAUGGAAAGCUUAGUACGGUUGAAUUCCUACUUUGAGCAGUUCAAAGAAGUUUUGCCUGAAGACUGUCUACCUCGAUCUCGGAGUCAAACGUGCCUGCCUGAACUGUUGAGGUUCCUUGGACAGAAUGUACAUGCAAGAAAAAAUAAGAAUGUUGACAUUCUUUGGCAAGCUGCUGAGAUUUGCCGCAGACUAAAUGGUGUUCGGUUUACAAGCUGUAAAAGUGCCAAGGAUAGGACUGCCAUGUCGGUGACCCUGGAGCAAUGUCUCAUACUGCAACAUGAACAUGGAAUGGCCCCACAGGUCUUCACUCAAGCCCUGGAGUGCAUGAGGAGUGAGGGCUGUCGAAGAGAAAAUACAAUGAAGAAUGUUGGAUGUCGCAAAUAUGCAUUUAAUUCCUUGCAGCUGAAGGCUUUCCCCAAGUAUUACAGGCCUCCUGAAGGAACUUACGGAAAAGUUGACUCAUAAGAUUAUGGUGUCUUGUAAUUAGUUGUUCCGUUAAAAUAUGUGAAUACACUUAACUUUAGUAUAUGAACUUUGAUGACAAUGUCAGAAAAAAA